GUUAUUAUUUACGUCCGGUAAUCCUGCGCAUGUGCACUACGCUGGAGGGCAAAAAACUCUGCUUUCGUGAUGACCAAAACAUUGUAGUGUACAAGUAUAUCGUCAUUUUGACCAAAUCUGUUCACAUAAUGAAAACUAAAGAUUUAGGUAUUACUAGUUUAGAUCAUCUUUGUGUAGAUGAUCGUGAAAGGUACAGUGCAAAGCUAACUGUAUUUAGCGAAAAGCUUACAGACCCAUUUAAAAUAGCUGACGAUCUAUGGGUUGACAGUCCUCAGAAAUGGCCGCCAGUUCAGUAUGGCGAUAUCUACAACUACCUCAUUAACACGCCAGGAAUUUAUACAACAGAGGCGAUGAAGGCAUACAAGUCACUAGAUGGCUAUAAUUUCUUUGUGUCUGGACAUGUGGGGCAGAUAUUGUACCACAGCAAUGAACGCAUGAACGUAGUGUGUUUCUUAAAGUGUGCCGUAAUGCCAUCGCAGAAGAUAACCGACAAGAAAUGGAAGCAUCAGGUGUGGAUCUACUUGGAAAAAUUAAAAGGCUACGUAGUGUCUGCCCACUGCACAUGCAAAGCAGGUGGAGGGCACCGGCUUUUUGCCCUCCAACUGGAAACUGGCUCAAUGAGCACGUGGGCGUGA